GCAACACAAAGCACCCAAGAAGCGGUAGAGCACGCAGCAGUGCUGCAUUUUGCAUCAAAAUGACCGCGCGCCGGCGGCGCACGCUGGCGUGCAUCAUUACCUGUGCUGCAACAACCACCUAUGCACUCACACCACCCCAGGCGACGCGGCGUAUCAAAACGCGCGUCGCCGUUUCAAGGGACGACGCCGCCGACCCGCGCUGCGUCAACUACUCGAGACGGAAAGCCCUGCAAGGCAUUGCCGCUUUUUCAUUAAUCGCCCCGACCGCCGCGAAAGCCACGUUUGGAAGUAGUUCUGCCGCCGUCACAAGUCCUGCACCCGCACGACCGCUCACGUUAGACCAACUAGAAAAACUCACCACAAAAAAGAUCAGACAGCGCGAGGGCGCCUUCAGCCCAAAGGUGGUCGACGAGAUCCUGUCAGAGUUGGAGGGCUCCGUCGAGGAGCUCAACAAGCGCACGCAGGAGCUCACGGACCAGGCCAACCGACCGUUGACGCAACUCUUCAAGCCGCAAGAAAAAACAGAAGUGGCCAAAGAGCUGUUGCAGAAAUUUGAAAAUGAGAAACGCGAACGCGAGGAAGCGAUUGCGAACAUCCUGUCCGCGAAGGACGAGUUGUUGAAACAGUUGGAGCAGCAGCGCGAGAUCGAGGUCGAGCUGAAGAAGCGCGCGGCGAUCUUGCGGAAGUUGGAUGCCCAGCCCGCCUGGGUCUCGUACGCGGCUGCCGCUUUGGCGUCUUGUAUCAGUACGUGUGUCAUGCACCCCGUCGACACGAUCAAGACGCGACUGCAAGCCACAAAGGCGGCGGAUGUUGCCGGCCCUGAGGCGAAGAGGCAAGUAGGCGGUCCCUCCAAGCCGUUAGAUCCAUUGCCCAAUAGUACCCAACCUCUAGUAGCAUCAUUUGGAGACCUCAAGGAAUUGUACCGAGGAUUGGCGGGCAACAUCGUCAAGGAGGCGCCUUCCUCAGCAUUGUAUCUAGGUGUUUACGAGGUCGUAAAAACCUUCUUGUUACAGACGCCGUUGUUCGCGGAUAAGGCCCUUGUGGUCUACUUGGUGGCGGGUGGUGUGGGAGAGUUCUGCGGGAGUAUUAUCAGGGCCCCUGCCGAAGCGCUAAAAACGAUGACGCAGUCGGGUAUUGCGGAGGACUUCGGCGACGCAGCUAAACAGCUCGCGACCGAUAGCAAGCGACGAGACUCCGUCGUCUUCGCGUGGACGUCGUCGUUGUUUAGAGACGUCCCUAUGGGCGCAAUACAAAUAGCCAUCUUCGAAGGGGUCAAGAGCUUCAUCCUCCAGUCGCCCGACAUCGUCUUUGACGUGAACACGUUGCAGUCCGAGGCGUUGUUAGGGGGGCUCGGUGGGUUGAUCGGGGCGUAUCUGACGACACCGACGGAUGUACUCACGACGCGGAUCAUCACGGACGAGUCCGGUGAAUUGGAGGGCAUGAACGUCUUAUCCUUAGGUCGGCAAGUCAUCGCCGACGGCGGCGUCGAGGCGCUGUUCGAAGGGAGCACGGAGCGGACGCUGUACUGGACGCCGGCGAUCGGGAUCUUCCUCGCGUGCUAUUGUAGUUUGCGGCAGUUCGCGGCGGUGAACGGGCUGUUCAUGGGGUAA